UUGAGCGCUCUAUCUAGUUAUUAUUCUACGUGGAAACUCUGCCAAAGUAAUGUUUAUUUAGCAUUGAAUAUUGCGCAGAAAGGCCUGACUGACGAAGGAAAAGCUGAGUUACUAACCAAGGCUGAUCUCGUAUCGAACUUCCUAAUCCUCGAUGUUUUACAGCGAUUUCCCCGUCUAAAGGAAAAGGAUUCGUCCAUUUCGGAAUCCGAUGCAGCGCCAUAUCGAGCUGAUUCUUACUCGAUGUGGUUGUCCAUCCGCGAUGUACUCGCUAUGAUUCCUUCUCGCCGUCUUACGCUUUCUGACGUUCUGGUUUAUGUUGACCCUCUCGAUGCCACUCAGGAGUACACCUGGUAUCGAUUCGUACCUUCUGAAGCUGUGUUUAUUGAAAUUCUUCGUUGCAAUGCUCUCAACAACUUUUCAGAGGGCCUGACAGAGUACGUCACUGUAAUGACAUGCGUGGUUCAGAAGGAUGAACCAAUUUUUGGUGCCAUUUAUCGGCCGUUCUUCAAUGAAACAGUCGUAGGAGUGAAGGGAUGGGGUGUGAUGACGUCAUCUGGAGGCAAGGUGACCCCGGUGGAUCUCAAAGACACUGUGAAGAAAAUAGUAGUAUCACGAUCCCAUGCAGGUGCUGUUGAAAAGCUUGCGCGGCAGUCAUUCGGUGAUGAGUAUACUGUGGAGCCAGCAGGAGGAAGUGGGUACAAGACCCUGCGGUUAUUGAACGGCACUGCGGAGCUUUAUAUACAUCAAACUGCAAUCAAGAAAUGGGACACCUGUGCUGGAGAUGCAAUCCUUCGUGCCUUUGGAGGUGCAAUGCUUGAUUUGGAAGGAUUUCCUCUACGGUAUGGAUCUGAUACACCUGUUCUCAAUAAGAAAGGACUUUUAGCAGCAGUUCGCACUCCAUUCACGUAUUCUAAAAAAAUUAUACCAAAUAUCGGGUUGUAG